AUGAAGGGCUACAAUACAAUGUACGAAAAGAAGUACGAGUAUGAGCACCUCCUCCCACAGUCGCCUCGCUGGGCGCAACAACCAGCAUACAAUCGUCUACGCACGUACGGAAGCACACGAGCAAGAGCAGCACGUUUGCCAGUCAUCAUCGCAUCCUUUAUAUUCUCGGCCAUCAUGUUCGUGCUUUUCACAGGGGCUACUCCAGCCACGUCGCCCUCAUUAGUGCCUCAAACAUCGCCCGGCAACGUACACCUUCUGAUACCAGCGUCAGCCAAGGAUGAGAAUCUUUGCAAGGCCGUUGUUGGAGCUGCCAUACUGGGCUACCCCUCUCCAAAGGUCCUCAACUGGGGCAAGACAUUCAACGAUGAGCACCUGGUCUCUGGUGGUUCGCACAUUGCAAAGAUCAGCGGCGUCUCCGAAUAUCUCGAAAGCCUUGUACCGGAGCAAGACGAUGAUCUGGUCAUCAUGACUGACGGCUACGACACAUGGUUCCAGCUAAGGCCCGAGACCCUCAUCCAACGUUAUUUCGAUAUCAAUAAACGGGCGAACGAGCGCAUUCGUCGCGAAUUGGGCCAUCACGUUGCAACCACUAACAAAAUCGAGCAAAAGAUUGUCUUUUCAGCACAAAAGCGAUGCUGGCCUUGGGCUGCAGACGCACCACCUUGUUAUGCUGUUCCUGAAUCGACUCUCCCCGAACACGUCUUCGGCUCAAACACCGAUACAGAUGUCGGCGACCGUAAUCCAUACCUCAAGUUCCGUCCACGCUACCUCAACUCAGGAGUUGUCGUAGGCACCGCCGGGGCAAUGCGUCAGCUUUUUACUGAAGCAUUGAUUCGUGCAAACAAGGAUCCCAAUUUCGGCAGUGACCAAAAUAUCUUUGGCUCUAUCUUUGGUGACCAAGAAGUCUACCGCGAGGUCGUGCGACAAAGGGAUAUGGGCUGGAUCGAACGCCAGCACAACCUUCGCAGUGACGACCCACGACGAGGCUUGGUUCGCGAGGAUGAUCUUGAAGCUGUCAGAAACAUGACUCGUAGCAUGGAGUUUGGUAUCGGCCUCGACUAUGAAGGCUCGAUAUCCUUGCCUACUGUAUUUUCCGAAGAUGACACUGAAUGGGUCAACUUCGACAAUCAGCCCUGGCUUGACUUCUUCAACUACAAGCGUGGCAUUGAUAAAUCAGACAGCAAACUCAUCCUCGCUCAGGACAUUGUGAAGACGGCUGUGCCUCUUUACAGCAACGGUACCGACGGCAUUGAGGUCAGGAACUGGUCCCAAGUGCCGCUAUUCACCAACAUACCUACUGGUCACACGCCAGCAAUCAUCCACCACAACGCGCACCGCGAUGGUAUGAAAAGCUUGAGACGAUCAGUAUGGGACAAGAUCUGGUUCCAACCAUACGCUCGCGUCCUUUUGGAUCAGUACAUGGACACUCCCCUGACAACUCUGGCAGUUGCAGGUGGUAGAGAGUGGCGAUCUAGUGAUGAAUGGAAAGGCGGCGUGAGGAACGAUGUCGACGAAUGGUUGCCCUACCAAGACAUCUGCGGCGGAACGGAGACCGAGAUUUUCAGAGACGGAAAGGGCCCUUGGACAGCAAGCCGGCACGCUUGA